UUCACAGCUUCUCUCAUUUAUAAUUUCUUCACGUUUCUUCUCAACGGCACUCUCUCUCCCCUCUCCCUCUCUCUCCUCCUCCCCUUCUCUCUCGCUCUCUUGUCUCCUUCGUCUUCCUCGUCUUCCUCGUCUUCCUCGUCUUCACUCUUCCUAUCUCUCAAUUUCCAUUCUCUAAAAUGAAGCAUGCACCCAAGAAACCCAUACCCAUGUCGCCGAUCCACUGCCAUCUUCUAUUCCUAGCGCUAACGGCGCCGGAAUCAAGGGCGGCAGACCCCUCGGAAACCUACAUCGUCUUCCAAAGAAAAUGAUUCACCGUCCGAUCCCAAUUCAUGGUUCCCGAUUUCAAACCCUCGCCGACUAAGUUGAAGAGCCUGCUCUCUCUUCUAACCCACUUAAGCGGAAGCUCAGUAUGGAGACCCUUCUUGAGAAUUCCAUCCCUGGGUUGUCUGAUUCUAUUGCGAAGAUUAGAGAAGAUGUAAAAUCUGGUGUAGAAAAUUUAACAGAGGAGUGUGUAUCCACAAUGGCAGACGUUACUCGGCUUCUAAUGAAGGUUUUUAUCUUCCUCGUGCUAAUAUGCGCACCUAAGGGUCACCCCUAUCCAUGGAAGUACGGAGGAGUCCAGAAAGUUUUCACCUGCAACACAGUGAAAGCAAACCUUCGUCUAUCGAAGAAACACGCUCAUGAGAACAUUGAGAUCAAUUUCAACAAGCUUUACUACUAGUUUUGAUAAGCUUACGAGUUUUGGAAACAUA